AUGUUAUGGGCUAUUUGGUUAAAUAUAGAUGUUUAUUUUUGUGAAGGAUUUCCUCCUUUAUUUUUCCGUGACGAUCUUAUAUCUUCUGUUGUAUCACUUAUAUCUCUUCGUCGCGUUUCUUAUAUUUUUUUACUAGCCAAGUUAUAUUCUAGUUAUAUUCUAGCUAUAUUUGGAGAAUUUAAUAAUGGAACCUAUCAAUUUUAUCCUCCGCUACAAUCACGAGAUCCUACUCAACCAAUCAUUAAUAAUUGGAUGAUGCCAAUCUUUUCUUUACAUGCCCCAACCCCUCAUCAUCUUCUUCCUUCUGCUUCAUUAAAUAAUCAAAAUCAUAUACAUAAAUGUGAUUGGCCUGGUUGUACUUGGAGUUUUAAACGUUUAGAACAUUUAAAACGUCAUAUGAUUACUCAUACUGGUGAACGUAAAUAUACUUGUCAUUAUCCUGGUUGCGGUAAAAAAUUUGGGAGAUCUGAUAAUUUUGCCGCUCAUUAUAAAACUCAUACCAAAUCUAAUCCAAGAAGAUCAAGAAAAUCUACUACUAAUAUCUUGAAUAAUACUACUGAUAUUUCUGCUUUGGAUAUUACUCUUCCUCAUGAUAAUUCUACUUUAACUAAUGGUAUCUCUGGAAUUAUGACUAUACAAUUACCUCCUCCUACUUCUCCUUCUACUUUACCUCCUUCUUUAACUCAAGAUCAAAUUGACGCUUUUCAUUAUUAUUGUGAUACUACUUCUGCUAAUACAAGUUCUCGUCCUUCGAUCUCUGAAAAUACUACUACCCCCGCUGAUCCCUCUCUACGAUACAGAGAGUUACUACUUUUACGAACAAAAGAUGCCACGAGAACCAUUAUACGCAAGGGAGAAAAGAAGAAAGAUCAUGUCGGGGACAUUCAAUUUGCGUGGAUGAAAUACGAAGAAAAAGGACAUGAGAUAAACCGGUUAAAAGAAGAAAAUGACAAAUUAAGGGAAAAAAACAAGAAAUUGAAAAGAAUUAAUUGA